AUGGCCACCACAACGGCGAGUGCAAAUGCAGGCCCGUCGGUGCCGUGGCUCACGCAAGGCCAGCCAGAGCACCACACCUGCGAACGGCCCACUGUCACUCGCACGACCAGUCUUCCCAGCGUAUCUCCAACAGCUCCGGCGGAUCAACCUCCACUGGGCUCUCAGUGGAUAUCGCCGGAUGAUCCCCAAUGGCCGCAGGCUCAGGCUCGAUGGGCUCAGAUGCAGUCACAAGCGCAGGCUUCGACACAGCCUGGGACGCAACCCCUGCCAUCGACUUCAGCGCGAGCUGAGACGCAGGCUCAGGCGCAACCACCUCCGACAGCCCCGACCCAGGUCCAGCGCCCGGCGACACAGCUCCCCCCGCUUCCCCGGGCGCAGGCGAUGUGGUCGGCGCCGCUGGUGCCUCGCCCUCCGCAGCCCGUGUGGUUGACGCCGGCUGAAUUCGCGGCCGAAGCACGGAAGCGGAAGGAGAAGCGCGACCAGCUGGAGGCAGAGAUGCGAUCCAGGUCUCGGCGGCACGAGCGCUCGCCAUCAAUCAUCGAGAUCCCCGACAGUCCGGAACCUGAGCCAGCUCGCACUGGGGAGGUUAGAAGGAGAGAGGGAGAGGACGGGCGACCACCGAAACGGGCUCGGGUUGAAGAUGACUCGGGUUCUGGGUCGGAACCACCGCCAUCUGCGCCCGAGAGGAGGGAGGCAGAGGCCUUCUUCAACGCCCUGUCGCUUCCUCCAGCUAGCCAGGAGAGCCAAAACGGCGGUGCUCGUAUCGAGGAAAUCCCCGAGAGUCCGGAGCGACCGACGUCGACGCAGGGUCCCGCUACACACGCUUCGACGUCUCCUGAGCGUACACCUGCGACUCAAACCUCAGCAUCCCCUCCGCCCGCCGGCCAAGCGCCCAGAUGGGCAACCCAAUCGUCUCAGCAGCACGGUCGGGAGCAGAUCUCGACGGGAUCUGCACCGCGACCGGAGCCUAGCGGCACCUUUGCGACUCACCCUCAAGCUGGAUCACGGCCAAGCGCUCCAGUUCAGCCGGAGAAGAACCAAGCUGUGGUAGUCCGGGGACCUGCUUCUGCGUUUGUGGCGAAUGGACAUGCCGAAAGCUCCAGUCAGGCAAACGUACACGCCCAAACCUCGACGAUGCUGAAUGCUUUGGCGAACGGCGCUACCCCAGCCCAGGCGACAACGCACGCGCAAAGCUCGACAUCGGUCAUGCCAGCGACGCCAUCAAUGCCGCGGACCCCUGCUCAGCCUCGCGUUCCAGUACCUGCUGUCCAGGCGGCUACGCCCUCUACUCCCGGCCCAGACCCGAAACUUGAAGAGCACGAGCGCCGUCUCGCCGAGCUGGAGGCGCAACUUCGCAUGCUCCGGGAGCUGAUUCCGACACCUGCAAGACCUGCAAGACCCUCAGAGCCGUCGCAGGCGAAUGGUCAUGUCUCUCAGCCUCAGGAUUUCGAAUCAAGGGAGUCGGCGGCCAUCCAGCAGGCAUCGGACCCGAGGAGGGAGCGAUCGGCCGGUGCGACUAGCCAGCCUGCUUCCGCCAUGGAUAUCGACGAGGAUGUUCCAACUGCCUCAACACCUGCUGUGACUGGCACGGCCGCAGCUCCUGCAGCUUACAACACUAUGACUGCUACUUCAGCUGCACCGAACGGCCCAAGUGAGGGCGCCUCAACUGCGAUGUCGACCACCUCGCAAUCUUCCUCAUCCCGUGGACCUCAAGCUACCGCUCCUGUCGCCACCCCGCCGCAGACAAGCGAGACGUCCAGCGCUGCUCAAGUACCAAGCACUGCACAGGUGGCUGCCUCGGCGCCAACGAGCGAUGGUCCAACUCCGCCCCCACCUUCUGCUCCUGAACCAGAGACCACUCAACAGAACCAGCGCAGCUCUCCUCCGCCUCCGCCUCCGAACACGCAAGCUCCUUCCGCAUCCCAGAGCGCUCAACAGGUGCGCCCCUCUCCACCAGCAGCUCCCGACUCUCAGACGCCAACCCCGGCUGCCCAACCCACCCGAGCAGAGCCGACCGACGACCAGCUCGUCACCCUGAAGUCCUGCCUCGCCUUCAUGGAGUCUCAGUACCGACGCGCAGACAGGGAACGUGAAGCUCUGGUCUCCGAGAACGAGGAGCUCCGGAAGGAGGUCGAGGCUAUGAAGCUGGCCAAUGCUCGACUGAAGCUGCGCGUUCAAAUCACCAGGGAACGGCAGAGUAGUGGUGGUAGUGGAUUGGGGAUGCCCGUGAGCCAACCUUCCAUCGAUCAAGCCUGA